CGUUAUUGUUCGAAUGUAAACGUGCCAUAAUCGCACAUGGACAACACAUUUUCGUAGUAGCAAUAAAUAAACAAAAAAUUAAAUUUAAACCCGAGCGAAACGAAUGUAAAAAAUGACACGACAUAAAAAGUUUUUAAAGUCUGAAAAGACAAAAACUAAACUGAAGGGAGCCAAACUGCCGAAAGGUUUAAAUGUUACAAAAACGGAGUUUAAAGUGCGAAAGAUUGUGAUACGUGACCAAAUUAAGGAGUCGACUAUAGUUGAUGGAACGAUUGUUCGAUCAAAUAUUAAGGAUUUGCUAUCGAAGCUACAGCACCAUAAUUCUGCCAAUCGGAAUGAAGGUUUACGUUUUCUCAAAGAGAUAAUUACGAAUCAUCCACAUGAAACCAGCAAGCAUUUGGGUGCGAUUAUUCAGGGAAUUUGUCAAUUGGCACUGGAUAUUGAGAAAGAUGUUCGGCGAGAGUGUUUCAAGGCGUUGAGUUUAGUGUUUGCCUCACAAACAUCCGAUUUGAUAUCGCCAUUUUUCAAUGUUAUUACCUCGUAUUUGCGGUGCGCUAUGACGCAUAUCAACAUUCAAAUCCAAGAAGAUUCACUAUCAUUGUUGGACUGUUUGCUGUUGUACACACCGCAAUUGGUUGCAUCGAAUAGUGACAGUAUUUUCUCGUGUUUCCUCGAUAUGAUUUCGAAAUUGCGCACCGAAUCAAAGCCAGAGCGAACGCUCACCACAAACUUGGGCCGAAAAUUGACCAGUGUUAAAUGGCGUAGCAAAGUACUCGAUCGUCUUCUUGGCAUUUUGAAAGUAAUUGUCGAACAUCGAAAACUUGCGCAAAAGCAAUCACACCUUGAUAGCGAGCAACCAACGAAUUCAGCGGUUGAUGAUGCGUUCAAGCUUCCAACUGAACAGUCGGCAAUUGGUGCCCGAUUUAUGGCGUCACUAUUUACAUUUGAUGAAAAUGUCGACUUUUUCUUUUCGACCGCACGCAAACAUUUGAACCGCAACUGCGAUUUGCCGUUAUUGUUCCGUAAAACAAGUGGAGCAAUCACAGCAAAUGCAUCCAAUUUGCUAGUGGAACGUGACGAAGGGCAAAAAAUCCAAAAGUAUGUCGAAUUGUUGUUGCCUCUUUUAUUCGAGACGUGGAUGGAAGUGCGUCCAGCCAAACUCAAUGCGACCAAAUCGACCACCGAUUUUGACGAUGAAGACGUAUGCAUAUCGAAUGAAGCCGCUUUCACUCUGAAGACAACCGUUGAAAUCAUCGAGCAACUGUUGGAGCUGAUACAAAUGUGUGAUCUGGAUGUUAGCAAUGAUGAUCUUACGAAAUGGUUCCGAAAGAAGUACAGCCAGGAAUUUUCGAACCAAUUCCUUAACGGAUUUCCAUACAAUCAGUUUGAUGGGUUUAAAGGCAGUAAACGAAAGUCCAAAGGAAUGGCAACGGAGCAGGAAGUGUAUGAAGCAGGUGGUCAGAAGUGUAUCCAACAAAACUUGAAUAUUGCAUUUGUAUUUUGGACACUGAGCAAAAGUACAGCGAGCAAUCAAUUGUCGGCGAAGACAAUUAUCGAAUUUAUCAAAGACAAUUUAGUUUCUCUCGAUUCGUAUUCGCCGGAUGCUUUGCAAAUCGUUGUCAAGGUGUUGAGAACGAUUCUAGUGGAUAAUGCCCAAGAGUGGUUGGAAGCGUUGCCAGCAAUCAAAGAACUUUUGGCCACUGUUUUGGGCAUUUAUCAACGAGGCAAAUUUCCCAAAGAAAUUCGAACCAGAGUUUUGAUCAUGCUGUGUGAUAUUGUGCUGGAUCACAAACUGUACAACGCUUAUGGCCAGAGUAUAUUUAGCAAUUGGCUGCCAACACUUCCAACACUAUUGUGUCAACCGUACGUGUCACCGCAUGUUUUGAAAACAUUUUCACAUCUAGCCCGACAGAAGAAUCCAAUCUUCAUGAAACAUUUAGAAGCCAAUCGUGAUGCAAUUAUUGCAAAUCUGCCGCAAGUCCAAAUCAGUGGAUUGGAAAAUCAAGCACAAGGCAAACAAGAAAUCAUCAACCUAUUCUUUUGGCUGGAUUCACCAUGGAAGCCAAAUCAAAGUGAAGCUAUCAAAAAACAACUUCCAAACGAAUGGUCAAUGAUUGAAAAAUUGCUCCAAAUCAAACAAUUAUGUUAAAAUGUUUGGGAAAUAAAACGCAAUUUUAUUUGAAAAAAA